GCGCCGCGCCGUGCCCCGCUCCGCUCCGCCAGCGCAGCCAUGCCGCUGCCCCGCGCCGCCCUCCUGCUCGGCCUCCUCCUGGCCGCCGCCGCCGCCGAGUCGGUGAGAGAAACAGAGACCAUGGAUGCCAGAUGGUUUGACUAUCCUGCCUCUGGAGACUUGCCAGAUGAUGAAGACAUUGGUGAAUUCAAGCCUCACUUAACCUCUGAUGGGUUAGAUGAAUAUGAGGCAUCUGGUUCUGGAGACUACACAGACUCUGAAGAUGCCGUGUCUCCAACCACCAUGGAUAGUCCUGUGAUAGUUGACAACUAUAUCCCUGGAGAUGCUGAGAGAAAGAUAGAAGGUGAGAACAAAAACAGGAUGGUGGACAAUGAAAUCAUUCCAGACAAAGCCUUACCUGUCGAAGAGAACCUGUCCAACAAGAUCUCCAUGGCAAGCACAGCCAACACCAGCAUCUUUGAAAGAACAGAAGUGCUUACAGCCCUCAUUGCAGGAGGGGCAGUGGGCCUUCUGUUCGCCAUUUUCCUGAUCCUCCUCUUAGUCUAUCGUAUGAAGAAAAAGGAUGAAGGCAGUUACGAUCUCGGGAAGAAACCAAUCUACAAGAAAGCCCCUACAAAUGAAUUCUAUGCUUAAAGCUCAACAGCACCUUGUGCCCAUCAAGAGACAAACAGACUGUAUGGAAACAGUGUGCCCUCGGAUGAGACAUGCUGAACAAAUGUUCUUUUCGGUUUGAAUUUCAAAGCAUCUUUGAGGGGGGAAAAAAAACUUUCUACGUGACCCUUUCCAUCCUGCUCAGCUAUCAAGGGCCCAAUGAAAUACAAAGAGUCUGAAAAAAAAAAAAGUAUAUUUUUUCUAAAGCUAGCGUAAAAAUAAUGCCAAAUUUUCUGCUUAGUUUGGUAGUGGGUGUAUAAGCACAAAAGACUGUACGGAAGCAAACACCAUGUGUUUGCAUCCAGUGUACAGUACUCAGGCUGGCUUCCUCUGUAAAAGAUGGAUUUUUUGUUUUAUAAACCUUGCUAAUAGAUGUCUUGCAGCAGGCUGUUGAUGUGAACUAUUUAUGAAUCUCUUACACUACAGAUCAUGUUGCCUUAUCAGGGAGUAUAGGGCCCUUAGGGCUCAAAAUCCCUGGAUGCUAUAAAGGGCCUAUGGGAACAUUUUCCCCAGGAGACUUCUAUCUCUUCCUGUUGGCCCCGGGCAAGGGUCACUGGUCCAUGAAAUCAGGACAGUCCAUUUUGUUUGGCUAUGACAACACCCCUUCCUUGCCUUCAGUCUCUUACCUUUUUAGGAUUGUUUGUAGGAUUUUUAUAACAAAAUUCUAAAGAAAAUAUCCUAAUGUUUAUAUAAAAGUUUGUAGAAAUUGUUUUGAAAUAAAAAAAUAAUCUACUUUUUUAAUUUCCUCAGAUUUAUUUUUUCAAUCCCUUUGUGUUUCCUUUGGCUGGGCAUUUCUCUAGAUAUGUUUUAUAUGAUUCAUAUUCUGAACUGAAGCAGUGCUAGCUACAGUGUGUUACAGGUUUCUUUUAGUUCUAUAGCAGCUACUGUAGAAAAAUAUAUUUAUGGUUUUCCCAUAAUUUUUGGAUUUGAUUUUUUCUUUCUUUUUUUAUAGAAUUAUUUAUAGUUUCUGAAAUGGCUGCUCUUCUCAUUUGGUAACUUUUAUUCUUUUUAUGUAAAACACUAAUAUAAUGAGUCUCUAUGGAAACUAUUUAAGCUUUAUUCUGUGAAUUUUAAUUAUAAAUUCAGAGCAAUAACUCCUAGAAUUAAUCUGUAUGCAAAAUUGGAUUCAUAAUAUGAUUGAAGUAGGGAAAAGAUGAGUAUUUUUAGUCUAUAAUAUAUUAUAAUCAGUCCUAUAGAGCUAUAUAUUUUACUGAAAAUACAGUUAAGAGUGAAAAGGCUGGAGUUAAUUCUUCAGCAGCCUUACCGUGCGUGAGAGGUUUGACUGUUGUUUGUCCAGUGUCUUGUCUAGAGUGCAAGUGGUCUUGUGCCAGCGAAGGCAGCUAUGUCCUGGCUCGUGGCCACCGAGGCCUGGGGGUCUCCAGCGCCCCAGCCGGGGCCCGAGGCAGUGCGGUCGGGUUCGCGGCUGGGCCCUGGAAGCAGGCUGCGGUAGGCGAUGUGUCAGACCCACUCCUUUGCCGUGGAGCUCAGAUCCCCGUCUUCUUUCUGGGGUUGCUUUAUCCCUUUGAAGCAAGUGCUGGCAGCUCAUGCCUAACCUGUGGGGUCCCCUGGGGUACUGUGCUGAGUCCCUGCCUCUCGCGGAAGGUUGGCUUUUGUAGCUGGAAGUCUGCCUGGGUGGUACCUCCCAUGCGGGAGCUCCGAGCUUUCGCACGUUGCUAGCUCCGGACCUCCUGCAGCGGGCCUCUAACGUGUCCUGUAAAUAGCUCCUACCUCUGUUGAGAGUUAGACCAAUUCCCCCAAAUGCUUCCCUAGAGAGAAGGAUAGCGUGCGUGUCCUAGGUCUCUGCUUCAGGAAGGACUUUGUGCAAAUAUUGUCCUGUUGCAGCUGCUAGUGUGUUAGGAAAUAAUCUGGGUGUGAAAUCUUGAAUUUGAUCUUGUAGGCAGUACAAAACCAGAGGGUUGUGAAGAUUGUUUUUAAAAAAAUCUCAUUAACUCCUCAAGCCUCCUCACAGAGGCUUGUAGGCUUGGAGACCAAAUUUUUAGAGGCAAUAGAACAAAAAUUCUGGUGCUGUCAGUUGUAGGCUAGUGAAGUGGGGAAAUCAGGGCAGUAAUGUACUGGGUCAUCAGUGCGAGAGGACUUGUUCCAAGGCUCUUCUGCGGGUUGACUCCCUUACUUGGUUCUGGUACAAGCUUGUUCCUGGAAACUCUGGGACAGUGUUUUUAAAAAACAAUCAAAAAAACAAACAAAAAAAAUGUUUAGAGUUCACUGUGGACUGGGAGAACUUUUACUGCCUAUGGUCAGCACUACCAGGAAGGCAGGAGUUUGUGUCUCUGGAUGUUUAGAUUCUCUUGUGUAAUUGCUCUUGGGGAUUUUCCACUGUUACCAAUUUAUUUUUUUUUUUUGCUUGAAUAAAGUGGUACUUUCUAAAA